AUGCGUCUGGCGAAGGCCAUCGCAGUCACUAAUGAUGAGCACACGCUGUCUGAGGAUCACCUCAAUUCCCCACCGGCGAUUUCAUGCGUCGCGGACAUUACGCCAAGGGAUCCGUCUUACAAAGUCGACCUUGAUCACUGUGAUUUGAACCCCAAACAACGUUGCCAACUACAGCGUCUCCUUGAUUCAUUUUCAGACGUUUUCUCUAAGCAUCAAUAUGAUAUAGGAAGCUGUACAGCUGGGAAAGUGCAUAUUUUCACGACAAAUGACCCUCCGGCGAAAAUCCGACCGUAUAGAGUCCCCACUAAAUAUCGCGAGGAACUCCAGAAACACAUUAACAUGUUGUUACGCGCAGGUGUCAUGAAAGAAUCGCACACUCCAUGGGUUCACAACUUAGUCGUGUUUGUCUUGACAUGCGUCGCCCAAUUAAUGCGGUUACCUAAAACCCUCCCUGAUCCGUACCCAGUGCCACGAAUCGACGUGGUCCUGGAGAAGAUCGGUGGCAAUCAAUUGGCUCAAUUAGUUAUAAGUGCGGUUUUACCACUGACUUGCCGCGUAUCAGAGGAACACCAGUUACCCGUGGUUAUGCCGUGUCGUACCUUCAUCAGAGGUAUGGACCAUUCUGUGAACAUGGCAGAAGAACAGCAAAAAGACGAGUUCCUUCAAAAGGUAUUCCAUUUCAAACAGGAUAAUUCUGCAGUUUCCUCAUUCACAGACCAGGAAAAAGCGUCAUUAACCGAUUUCGCGAGCAAAGUUACGGUUGCAUCUAACGGGUGUCUGUAUUAUCGUCGGGAUAAUUCACCAGCUCCCUUAUUACUAAUACCUAGUUCACUUCAACCCCUCCAUCGAUGCGCCACACCCUAUCAUUCUAUGGGAAAUGGGGCAACAGAACGUACUUUUCGUACCUUUGAAGUCAUGCUUUCUAAAUUCAUAAACCUCAAGCAGGAAGAUUGGGACCUUUUCUUACCAUGCGUCACUUUCUGCUACAAUACUACUAUAAAUGAGGCUACGGGUGAAUCUCCUUACUUUCUAUUAUUCGGACGCGAUCCCAUUUUCGUUAUCGACCGUAUCCUUAACCCACAGGAACCAACUUCUAUACCUGAUUCCAACGGAGUAUUGGACUACCGAGCGCAGCUGGUUUCAGCUCUGCAACUUGCAUGGUCUAAUGCGGCCGAUUUUGCACGCAACUAUAAAGCAAAAAUGAAACUCGGGUAUGACAAAACAGCCCGACCAUCAUCUAUUCAAGUCGGCGAUCGAGUAUUUUUCAAAAAUUAUACGAACAAGCAGGGGUUGGCACGCAAAUUAUGCUUUCCAUGGAUUGGUCAGUUCCGCGUUAUCCAGAUGGAUCCACCACAUGCCACAAUCGUGAGCAUUACUUCACCACAAGCCAAGCCACGUAGAGUGCAUUUGAAUCAGAUCAAAAAAAUAUUCGAGUGCACCGGCCCGGCUUCAACCCUUCCCACGAUUCUUGAGGAGGAGGAGGAGCUAGUGACUCAUCUACCGACCGCGUCUAUCAAAGGGUACGAUCACGCCGUUACCCAUAACAGUCCUACCAUGUUACUCCAUCAAGCUACAUACCCUUAUAAUCUCCGGCCACGCAAGCCUCAACCGUAA